UCUAAUUCAGGCACUUUGCUAUGCACAACACUGGCAGCUUGUACGUCAUGCAACUGACGACACACGUUUUAAACGUUAAGGCGGACUUCUGUGUUAGAUGUUUUAAUUUAAGCAAGGGCAUCUAACUGAGUGCUCACGUACAACGCUUAGACACCCCUGUUUCAAGAAAUAUGGCCGAUGAUUGAAAACGCAGCUGAACACAUAAUUGUAUACAUACAGGGUUGCGUGUCAAAUUAGUGAAUGCAUUUUGCGUUAGAUGUUUGUAGUACGUUAUAGAACGAUGAUUGAUGACAAUGAAUAUGGAUUAUUUAAAGUACUCGGGACUGAUAAUUUCGUUCGGUGGUAAUAACAGAAUUCCAUAAAAAUACAACCAGUGAUAACAUAGUCCUCGAAGUUUAUAACGUUCGUUGAAAUAUUACAUGAAUGUUUUUAUGCAUUCGUAAACACAUGUAAUUAAUAAGAAUGACAUGACAUACCUGUCAGUCACUUCUAUUAUGACAAUCACUAUUUAAUAAAAGGAUUGAAGAAACAUUUUUAUAUUUAAAUAAAUUUGUCACUAAUGAGGAAUUUAAUAAGUACAAUGACAGUUUAUUUGUUAAGGUUUCAUGGUUGAUAUAUAUAUGAUUAUUGUAUUCUACAAGAACAUAUAUUCAGCUUAUAAGCUGACUCACACAUCAAUUAUUAUUAUUUAUUCAUAGUACUUUCAUGAACUUUCAAUAUCAACGGCCGAUUUGUAUACUUGAAGGGUAUACUAUGUUAUUGAUUGUUCAACGUUAGACAUUUUUUCUAAGGAGAACCAUUAAUAAGAAUUGGAAAUGAAAAUGGCAAAUGGAAUUAGAAUUUUUGGCUUGUUGCUAUAUAAAAAUCUGCUGGUGCGAAUUAGGCAUUGGAAGUCAGCAGUAUUUUUGCAAUGUUUAGUACCAAUUACCUUAUUUGUAUUAAUACAAGCUGUAAGAGAUUUUAGUGUUCAACCACCUCAAGUAAUUAAUGAAAAUACUUAUUAUCCUCUGGAAGACACAGAUGAACUAACAGAUAUAAAUAUGGGAUAUACAUAUCUCUAUUACAUGCCACAAAAUGAGUAUACAGAAAAGAUUAUAGAGGACACUCGGAUGUGUCUAAAAUUACCAGCUGAAAAGGUUUUUGGAUUUUCAUCCGAAGAUAAAAUGAUAAAAAGUUAUACAGUUUUAGAAGCAAAGCUUCCAACUAUUAAGAUGUUAGCUCUUGUGUUUGAACAAUAUAAUACAAGUGAUAUAAGGUACAAAAUCAGACAUGCCCUGAACAUUCCACGUAUACUGUUUGAAAAUGUCUUGGAUAAAAUAUCAUAUACUUCGCAUAGUUUAUAUUUUCAUGCUAUACCAUUUGUACAGUUGCAAAUGUGCGUUGACGAAUCUAUUGUAAAUCUGACAGCAGUACAUGCAAAGCCUGAUAUAAAGGUGUCCAUACAGAGGAUGCCUUAUCCACCUCAUGUUAGAAUAGAUUCAUCCGAUAUAAUACUAAGACUGGUAAUAUGUAUGUUUGCAGUUAUUGCUUUUUUAAUUCCACUUUGUAUGGAAACAAAUUACGCGACAAAGGAAAAAUAUAUUGGUGUGAACGUUUUAAUGGCAAUGAAUGGUGUGAAACAUUAUCAAAAUUUACUUAGCUGGUUAAUUACUGGCAUACUGUUUAGUAUUUUUUACAUUGUACCAAUAACAGUAUUAUUUGAAAACACAUUUUCUGAUAAUGUAGAGCCAUAUCUGCAUUACAGUAAUUCUUUUAUAUUCUGGUUAAUACUUACAGUACACGUGGCACAUUUAAUAUCAUUUGGGAUGCAUGUUGCUGCUUAUUUUUCGAAACCACGAUUUGUGACAAUAACACUAUCGGUUAUUUACACUGCAUCUUUUUCACUCCAUGGAAAUUUAAUAAAAGAACAACUCUUUUCUGUAAUACCUGGCUUGGGAAUAUUAUUUCCAAAUAUAUUAUUAUUUAGAUUCUUAGAAGAGGUGAACAUAUAUGAAACAAGACUAACUGGCAUACAAUGGUCAAAUAUGUUUCUUGUUGGAGAUAUACAGUAUAAUACUUCUGGAUGUGUUGGAUGUAUAUUAAUCUUUUCGCUGCUGGGAUUGAUGUUACAUCUUACACUUGCUUUAUAUAUUAAUGCUAUACUUCCAGGAAAAUAUGGAGUACGCAAGGAUCCACUUUAUUUUUUGAAAUAUAUCAAGAAAAAUAAAGUAAACCUUGAUGAAGAUAUGGAUGAUUUUGAUUAUGAUAGUAUAGAUGACGAAAAUUUUGAACCAGUAACAAAAGGUGCACUUACUCCUGGAAUUCAGAUUCGAAACCUUAAGAAAACUUAUACAACUAGUUAUUUAAGAAGAACGACAGUCCAAGCUGUAAAAGGAAUUUCAAUGGAUUUAUAUAAAGGUCAAAUAACAGCUUUAUUAGGCCAUAAUGGAGCUGGAAAGACUACACUUAUGUCUAUUAUAACAGGAGUAAUAAGUGCAACAGGAGGAAAGGUUCUUAUAAAUGGUAAAAACAUUAAAACCCAUUUACCAGUCAUUAGAAAUGAUUUAGGCUUAUGCCCACAGGAAAACAUGGUUUUCCCAGAUCUGAGUGUAUCUGAACAAUUGGAAUUCUUUGGUCUAUUAAAAGGUUCUACUAAAACAAGGAAACAGAUUAAACAGGACAUUAUAACUUUACUUGAGAAAUUAAAAUUAAGUGAUAAAGGAAAUGUUUUGCCGAGCACAUUAUCCGGUGGACAAAAGAGAAGGCUUUGUCUUGGAAUGGCUCUUAUUGGCGAUGCUAGUAUUAUCAUCUUGGAUGAACCUACGUCAGGAAUGGAUCCUGAAACUAGAAGAGACAUAUGGGAUAUCAUAUUGAAAAUAAGAGGAAAGAAAACAAUUUUGAUUAGCACUCACAAUAUGGAGGAAGCUGAUAUUUUGGGAGAUAGAAUUGCAAUAGUACACGGGGGCAAAUUAAAAUGUUAUGGCACGUCAUUAUUUUUAAAGAAGCAGUACGGUUACGGGCAUAUUGAAGUUACAUUAUCAACUAAAUCAUGGUGUAACGCUGAUAAAGUUAUAAGUAAAUUUGAUCCAAGAACACAGCCCGUGAAUGUGGACAGCGAGAAAAUUGUUUUAAGUGUACCUCACACUGAAACUUUACCACAAUCUUUAGACAAUGUGGAAAAUGAGAAAAAGAAUUUGGGUGUUACAGGAAUUAGUGUAUCGCUUAUCACCUUGGAAGAAGUAUUCUUGAAAGUUAUUAAAAAGGAAGAUAAUGGAAAAUAUCUAAAUGAAUUAUUUUGUCCUCCAUCGCAACGAGUAGAAGGUUGGAAUCUAUACAUGCAAACAAUUUUAGCACUUUACCAUAAGAAAGCGACGUAUACUUUCAAAAAUUUAAGCAAUACAUUACUCACGUUAUUUCUCCCAAUUUUAUCGGUUGUAUUAAUGGGCUUGAGUUACGACACACCAAAUGAAUCGACAGACAUAUUUCCAAUAGAACUUGGCAUGUACAGAAAUUCCAAAGCUUUGUAUUCAAGCCAAAAUGCUACCUUCGGUAAAUAUUACAAAAGCGCGGUAGAAAGUUUUGGCGGAUCUUCGAUGGAAGUGAUACAGAAUACAAGUGUUACGCAAGCAUUAUUGAACCACUCUGUUGAAAGUAUUUCGGAUUAUCGCAACCAUUAUAUCGUUUCUGCGGAAUUUAAUAUAUCGGAUGGAUCGUUGUAUGCCAAUGGUUUUUAUUCUGGAAUUGCAAUUCAUAGUAUACCAUUAACUAUGAACCUUUUAUCAAAUGUAUUGAUCAAAAGCGUUGCCGGCGAGGAAUACUCGAUUCGUGUAUCGAGCCAGCGGUUACCAAGCAGUCUUUCUGCCACGCAGUUUUACGUGCCAGAAACGGAAUCGUUAAGUCGGGUCUUGAUAUUUUGUUGUUUUUUCUUUCCAACUGUGGCACUUUUUGUCGUUCACCCCUUUCAAGAAACAGAGACUAAAAUGAAACAAUUGCAAAGGAUGACUGGAGUUACAUCUGUGUCGUACUGGUGCACCAUGUUCACAUUUGACCUCAUAAUUUAUACAGCAUCUGUAAUUAUUAUUGUAUUUGGAUUUUAUUUCAUGGAUGUUAUACUGGAUAUCCGUUUGUACUACAGGAUAGAAAUAUUAACAAUGAUACUACUGCUAUUACUCUUUGGUAUCAACUCUUUGUUAAUAACUUAUAUCUUUAGUUUCUCGAGGAUAUCGAGAAAUAGUGUUGUAACUAUAUUGAGUCUUGCACCUGUUGGAUUUGUCUUAUUGCAGUACGUUCUGCACGAAGUGAUCCAUAGCCUCGAUAACUUGAAAGUAUUGCACAUGAUGCAAAAGAGAUUAUUCCGUUUGAUACCUCACGUGAGCCUUUUCCAUGGUCAAUUAUCGUUUUUCAAUGUAGCCAUUCAAAAUGCGAGGUGUCGUCGAUUGCCAAAUCGAUUGCUAGAUGUUGUUUGCCUUGGCCUAAAGGAUAUCUGUUGUGGGCUGGACUGCGUAGACGGAGAUUGUAAAAAUCAGUUGUCUUAUUUUAAAACUGAGGACGACGAUAUGAGCUUGUUAGAAUGUGUAAUUUAUUUGUCGGUGACACCGUUGAUAUAUUUCGUUUUGCUUAUUUUGUUUGAAGAGGGAUUUUUCAAUAAAUUAUAUGUUAAACUGUUUAACAAGCACUUAACAAGCACAGGUCCCACUGAUAUAAAGGAUGAACAAGUGGAGAAAGAGAAACAUGCUGUUGCAAUGGAGAUCAGGAAACUGAGAAACCGUGGCGCGACAAAUGAAAUAGAAAAUUCCAAAGCAGUUAAUAUCACCCAUUCAAAUUACUCGGAAAGUCCAGAGAACAGCAACGACAGUCUGUACUUGGUUUACGAGCUCAGCAAAUCUUAUGGAAAAUUAAUGGCGGUAAAAGAAAUCAGUUUUCGAGUGAAGCAACGCGAAUGCUUCGGACUGCUUGGUGUAAACGGUGCUGGAAAGAGCACCACAUUCAGGAUGUUAACUGGUGAAGAAAUACCGAACAGUGGAACCAUGUACUUAGGAAAAUCAGAUAUUCAUACGGAUCGAAAGAAGUAUCUUGCUCAAAUGGGAUAUUGUCCACAAACUGAUGCUUUGCUCCGUUCCUUGAACGCGUUUGACCAUCUCCGUUUAUUCGCGUUGCUUCGUGGUAUACCCAAAUCAAAAGUAGACUUAGAGGUCAAUAAAUGGAUCAAUCGACUGAAUUUGAAUGCGUGCAUGUCUCAACCGAGCAGUACUUACAGCGGCGGUAACAAAAGACGUUUGAACAUUGCGAUGUCGUUAAUAGGAAAUCCAACGCUUGUUCUGCUGGAUGAACCAACAACAGGCGUUGAUCCCGCUGCCAGGAGAUCGUUGUGGAAUAUACUUCAAUCCUGCCAAGCAAUGGGACAAGCUAUUAUACUUACUUCUCACAGUAUGGAGGAGUGUGAGGCUCUAUGUAAUAGACUAGUCAUUAUGGUGAAAGGUCAAUUGGUUUGCAUCGGUGCCAGUCAGGAAUUGAAGCAACGAUUCGGCGCCGGUUACGAUAUUCUCAUUAAAUUGAAUCCGAACCGAUCGGAUGACGACGUAGCCAAUAUAAAGAACGUCAUGGUGUCUUCUCUAGCGUGCGAAAUCAGAGACGAGAAUUUGGGCUUCAUUGCUUACCACGUGAGUAACACCGGCAUGACGUGGGAGAAAAUGUACACCACGAUGAACAAUCUGAGAAUGCGAUACUCUUGCAUCGAGGACUAUGCUGUGUUAUCGGCAACACUGGAGCAGCUGUUCAUCCAAUUCGCCAGAGGGUCCGAACUGUCGGAUAGCGAAAAACCGGCGGAAGAUACAGUUCGUACAGUAAUUGUAUAAACCAUGUAAAAACGACGUUAUAUUUCUCGAAUAUUACCGUUCAGGUUUAAACGCCGCGGAUCUUUGAAAAAUGCUAUUUCAUGUAAGUAUUUAUAUGCAUAUUUCACCGUGCAACUGUAUUUAUGAUACUUUGUAUUCGUAACUAUAAAUAACAACGUAUUUUCCCGUUCUCGAAACGUGUAUAUGUGAUGUAUAAAUAUUUAUUUUUAAUAUAACCGCCGAAUCGAAGCUCGCGUAAGCUGUGUCGCCCGUGAACGAGAACACACGGAGAUACAGGGGGAGAGGGCCGACGAUUUCAAAUGAGAGUACUCGUAUUUUGUAUAAAUAAAAAAGUUACAUAAACGAUAUAUUCUUAUGUACAUAA